AAUAGGACCCGGCUCUUGUGUGUUUUGCAGACAUGAACAACAGCUUUCUGAUCUCUGUCGUGACUCUGCGCGUAAUUUUAAGUGAUGAUGUAACAUUGGGAGAUGACAGACGUGAACUGUGGGUACAAACUUCCGUACGUAGUAGGAUAUCGACUAGACGUGUUCUGUGUGGUACGCAAUUACCAAAUCGUUUGGUUUGCACCUCCUGAAUACUUCCUAGAAUGUGCAGGAAUGACCGACGCGAAGAGGAAGCCUAUAGACAAGUCUGGUGGUACUGAGAGGGUGGAAGGGAAGGCAUGAUUUCAUCUUGAGUUCUGACUGUGCAUCAUGUUGGGAGCUGCAGCAGGAAUUGAAGGAAAAGCAGAACAGCAUCAAGUUACUUGAACGACGAAUGAGGAUGGAAGGGAAUUGGAAAGUUGAGGCAAUUCGGGAUAAUAAUGAAAAGACCUUGUUUACACACGAUUCUGCAGCUAUAAUAAUUUUAAUGAUUUUUUAAAAGUUGUUAGAGUAUGCUGCCAGUUCACUUAAUUAAAUACUGGUCAAAGAGACAUACAACAUUUGCAGGCAGCCAAUCGAGGAAAUAAUGUUCUCUUUCACCUUUGAAUGACUUGUUGCUAACUAUGAUUUGUCUUCCUUUUGGCCUAGAAAAUCUGAGAUGAAAGACUUUUCUCUUGUUCACAACAUUCUAGCACCAGAAUCAACUUCAUUACUAUUUGAAUGACAUCAACUGGUUGCCAAGGGAUUCUCUAUGUUGAAGUCUACCACAAUUAUUUGAGAGAUUUCUUCAGAAAUGGCCUGCAUCAUUGAAGCAAAGAAAAUAUUAAUUAACAGAACGUCCUUCAGAUAGGUGUUUGCAGUCUUAUCCAGCUCUAUAAACACCACCACACUGUAAUUCAGUUCGUGGGAGAUGCUACCGAUGUAUGCUUCGUGGUAAUGGAAGAAUCGAGACCUACAGAUGGCGGAGUCAGAUAAUUAAACUGAUGCAACAAUGCAAUACUUCGUCAACGACGUCGAUUCUUAUGUUGAUCUUUGCGCUCAAAUGAAAAAAGCCGCAGACAAUCUCAACUCAGAUUUGCAACCAGAUGAUGUCUCUGCUCGAAUGUGCUUGAUUGACCUGACACACGCGAUAGAUCGUUGCAGUCAAACAGCGAAAAGAGCAAAAAGACAGUCUCUGAGGCUAGUGGAGCUUGCUUCAGGUCUACUAUUUCGCGAAGCGAAGCGUCAACUAAACGCCGGGUCAAUAGAUGGAAGGCUGGUGGAAAGACUUGUCAAUCUAGCUGACUCAAGGCUAAGUUUAGUGCAAGUAACAGUAGAGACUUUACACGAAACUAUGAAUGCAACAGCAGAAUCAAUUGUUCAGUCUCCCGAUGUUCAUAAACAAGAAUCUACAGGGACGAAAAUAGCAGAAGCUGAACCAACAUCACAUCUCUAUAGACGUGAUCCUGUGCUCUCUCUCUCUUCAAGUGUUAUUUUCACGACAAUUCAAUGUGUUUUGACUAAAACCGGAACCAGUGAUGCGUUUGCAAAGAAAGUCGAUGUCGUGGUGACUCAACUUAGAGGAUGGUUUGCCAAAUUUCAGGAAUUGUACAAGAACAUGGUUAGAGCUAAGACAGAGAUUAACGAAACACUUGAGAGCACCAGAACCACUACUUUGUCGCAGCCAAAGCCUUCAUCUAGCUACGAUUAUUUGAAGAACGUGUCCGCAUUUAUUAAAGACUUGGAUAAGCUGCAAAACAUUACAGUUAGAACCUAGAAGUCUCAAUAGAAAGAGACGAACGAGCAGCUAUUGCAGUAUACGUAUAUAACUGUUCAAUUCAAUUUGUUGUUUUUACGUUAGUUAACUGCUUUGUAAUAGUCAAUCCUUUUUGAGAAUUUUUGUAAAUCAUGGGUCGUUGUAUUAGACUUUUUGUUUUAGAAUGAUUUUUUAUGAAAUUAUGUUGUUGUCUAACUGGCGUUUCAGUUGUUAAUUAAACGUGAUAACUGCCACUU